CACCUGGGCCUGCGCCUGCAGCCGGUGAACAGCACAUUCAACCCCCGCGAUGAGAGUUACCGGGAGUCACUGAUGUUCCUGGGGCUGGUGGCCGCCGUCUGCCUGGGCCUGAACCUCAUCUUCCUCGCGGCGUACAUGGUCUGUGCAUGCUGCUGCAGGCGGGACGAGGCCAUACAGACCAAGCGGCGCAACUCCUGCUGUGUCACCUGGACGGCGGUGGUGGCCGGCCUCGUCUGCUGUGCCGCGGUGGGCGUCGGUUUCUAUGGAAACAGCGAGACCAAUGACGGGGUGUACCAGCUGAUCUACUCCCUGGACAACGCGAACCACACCUUCUCGGGGAUAGAUGCACUGGUAAGGCUCACGGGCAGCACUGGCCGGGCCGGGCGCAGCCCAGGGGUGACCUCAGCCAACAGCCAGGUCGUGUCUUUGGGCAGCCUCAGCCACAAAGUCCAGCCCCAGCCAGAGCAUUUGGACACUGCCCUGGGACCCAAUUCUGGAAGAGGGUUCGACCUCAUUGCCCGCUCCUUCUCCCUAAGCUCCUCUAAGACCUUAAUCCCUCCGCAGCCCUUGGCAGGGGACCCCAUCCCGGGUGAAGGCACUGGACACAGGCCAGCUGACCAGGGACCGGCUACCUCCCUGUACGUGCAGCAUCUAGUGAAGGUCACUCUGGGGAGAGCCAAGGAAGGAGGCGGCAGUCUUGGCGUUGGAUGGCUUUCCUACCUCCUCCUCUUCAUCCUGGACCUGCUCAUCUGCCUCGUCGCCUGCCUGGGACUGGCCAGGCGCUCCAGGGGUCUCUUGGCCUCGAUGCUGUGCUGCGGGGUGCUGGCUCUGCUCCUCAGCUGGACGUCCUUGGCAGCCGACACGGCUGCAGCAGUGGGCACCAGUGACUUCUGCUCAGCUCCCGACACCUUCAUCCUGAACAUCACAGAGGACCACAUCCGCACAGAGGUGACCCGUUACUACCUAUAUUGCAGUCAGAGCGUAAGCAGCCCCUUCCAGCAGGCACUGACCAUCUUCCAGCGCUCGCUCACCACCAUGCAGAUCCAGGUGGCCGGUCUGCUACAGUUUGCCGUGCCCCUCUUCCCCACGGCGGAGAAAGACCUGCUCGGAAUCCAGCUCCUGUUGAACUCGUCGGAGUCCGGCCUUCACCAGCUGACAGCCAUGCUGGAUUGCCGAGGGCUGCACAAGGACUACCUGGACGCUCUUGCUGGCAUUUGCUACGACGGCAUCGAGGGCUUGCUCUACCUCGGCCUCUUCUCCCUCCUGGCCGCCCUGGCCUUUUCCACCAUGAUCUGCGCGGGGCCGCGGGCCUGGAAGCACUUUACCACCAGGGACAGAGACUAUGAUGACAUCGACGGUGAUGACCCUUUCAACCCCCAGGCCCGACGCAUCGCCGCUCACAACCCCCCUCGGGGGCAGCUUCGAAGCUUCUGCAGCUACAGCAGCGGCCUGGGCAGCCAGACCAGCCUGCAGCCCCCAGCACAGACCAUCUCCAACGCCCCAGUCUCGGAAUACAUGAACCAGGCCAUGCUCUUCGGCGGUAACCCACGCUACGAGAACGUUCCGCUCAUCGGAAGAGGCUCCCCUCCUCCCACGUAUUCUCCCAGCAUGAGGGCCACCUACCUGUCCGUGGCGGAUGAGCACCUGAGGCACUACGGGAAUGAGUUUCCAGCCUAA